GAGGGCGGGAGGGGGCGCUCUAGCGCGGCGUCUCUGUUCUUCCGAGCGUACUGGCGGAUUUGAGUCUCGCAGAGUUUGAGGCUGAGAGCGAGCGGGGCCAAGGGAGAGGUCGGCAGCCGCGAAGCGACGUGUUCACAACGGCUGCUUCUGUGAUUUUUUUCCCGGGACCUGCCUCUGCUUCUCCGGAAGCUUCUGCUCGACUCCUCCGUCCUGCCUCAUCAUAUUACUUUCUCCUCGCUCUUCCCGCGUGUGUGUGUCUCCGCGCCUUCUCCUCACGGCUCUCCUUUCGAAACGAGCCUUGGUUUUAGUCCGCCUUUCGAUCCCUCUCUUCUGCCUGCCUCACCACCCGCCCGAGCCUUCUGCCUCCCUGUACUUUCCCAGUGGGAAAAGGUUCUCCUUUCCUUUUGCCUCAGUCAGAACCGUGUCUCCGGGUCCUCUGAAUUAACUGCAUAGGUUCACUCCUCAGUUUCCCCCCUCCCCCCCAGUCCCAGGAAAGUGGCUGCCUUUCGCCUCUCCUCCAUUCCCAGUUUUUCACUUUCCCUUUUCUCCUUGAUUGGGGGCCUUCUGCCUUCCCUCAGAGGCCCUACCGAGAAGACCCUAUUCUGCUCUCCUGUAACUAACUUUCUUUGGGGCUGCCAGAGCCUCCCGCCCCCCUCUCCAGAACUAUCCCUUUUGUCUAGAGAAAUUGACUCUCCUCCUGUGUCUGUCUUCCCUGUUUGGUAUGUAACCAAAUUGCAUUGCCUCAUAGCUUGUUGCCUUCAUUGCCUCUCCGCUGUAAUCUUAGUGAGAACAGCCCUCUCAACCUUUUUUUGCAAUAAAUGUAAAAUCUCCUUUUCUCCCUGAGCAACUCUUUCUGCCUGUUAUAUUCCACGUUGUUGAUAAUCAGUAUGACUGCUUGUUUUUAAGACUUUCUGACUCCUUGUGGCAAAUGUCCAGCCUUGAUAACUUUAUGUCUUGCUGAAGGGCUUUCCCUCACCUAAUUAUUUUUAGUUCUGCUGCUUCUUUGAAUGUAACUUUUUCUAAUUAUAAUAAUUGGAUAACAGGCAGUCUUUUCUAAUCAGAUUUUUUUAAUCACCAUCACUAUCUCAGUGCAGUGUGGGUGACAUUAGUAUUUGGAGAACUAAAGAGGAUGCCAAGGAAACUGCUGUUACCUUAUAAAUCUGUGUUUUCUCACUCUCGAGUUCAAAGGGGGUUGCAUGAUUCUUUGGCAAUGAAUGCAGCCAGAAGUGGCUACCGGGUCUUCUCAGCAAAUUCCUCAGCAGCUUGCACAGAACUGGCCAAGAGGAUCACUGAGCGUCUUGGUGCUGAACUUGGAAAAUCUGUGGUGUACCAAGAAACCAAUGGAGAAACAAGAGUUGAAAUAAAGGAGUCAGUCCGAGGACAAGAUAUAUUCAUUAUUCAGACAAUUCCCAGAGAUGUGAACACUGCAGUAAUGGAACUGUUGAUUAUGGCUUAUGCACUGAAAACAGCCUGUGCCAAAACCAUCACAGGUGUAAUUCCCUAUUUCCCUUAUAGCAAACAAAGCAAAAUGAGGAAGAGAGGAUCAAUAGUCUGUAAACUCCUUGCUUCCAUGCUGGCUAAAGCAGGUUUAAGCCACAUCAUCACUAUGGACCUUCAUCAAAAAGAAAUACAGGGUUUUUUUAGCUUUCCUGUUGAUAACUUGAGAGCAUCUCCUUUCUUGCUUCAGUAUAUACAGGAAGAGAUUCCUGAUUAUAGGAAUGCAGUUAUAGUAGCAAAGAGUCCUGAUGCCGCUAAGAGGGCCCAGUCUUAUGCUGAGCGAUUGCGGCUAGGCUUGGCAGUUAUCCAUGGAGAGGCUCAGUGUACAGAGCAAGACAUGGAUGAUGGACGGCACUCUCCUCCAACAGUAAAAAAUACUACGGUGUGCACUGGACUGGAGCUACCCUUCAUGAUGGCCAAAGAGAAACCACCCAUAACAGUAGUUGGAGAUGUUGGAGGUAGAAUUGCCAUAAUUGUGGAUGACAUAAUUGAUGAUGUUGAAAGCUUUGUAGCAGCUGCUGAAAUCCUGAAAGAGCGUGGCGCUUACAAGAUCUUUAUCAUGGCCACUCAUGGUCUCUUGUCUGCUGAUGCCCCACGUCUAAUUGAAGAAUCCUCAAUUGAUGAGGUUGUGGUCACCAAUACAGUUCCUCAUGAAGUACAAAAACUGCAGUGUCCCAAGAUAAAGACUGUGGAUAUCAGCCUGAUCCUGUCUGAAGCUAUCCGCCGAAUCCACAAUGGGGAGUCUAUGGCUUACCUCUUCCGCAAUAUUACUAUGGAUGAUUAAAUUUAUUUUUUCUCAUUCUGCCAUCAGUUUCCUCAAAGAGAAGGGAAAAUAAUAUGUAUAUGAGCAAGAGUGCCAUAAAGUUGAUAGUGUAUUUUUUUAAGUAUUAUAACAGGGCUGAGUAUUUUGAGCUGAGGUUCACUAAUCCCACAUGGAGACUGGAUCAGGGUACAAAUAGGCAUUGGAGUAUAUUGUUAUUUGUAUGAUACUAGUUGUGGCUUUUUGCUCUUGUUAUAUCUUGUAUAUCAUGAGAGGCAAUUGGGGGGUGAGCUUAAAGGCGCACUGAGAUUUUCUCUACAUGCAUAUCCUCAAAUCACAAGAAAGUAUAUUUUUCUUGCCAUCUUUGGAGCCAUUUUUAACAUGGUAGCAGCAAGGUUUUCUUUUGUGAAACGAUUUCAAAUGAUUCAUUUCUAUCAACAAUAACAGUAUGAUGCUAUCUGGUUCCAAAGUUGAGGUAAAAAGUUGUAUGUGCUACCUCUUCUUCAUUACAGAGAAUAUAUUGUAAUCCUGACUAGCUGCUUAAAAGAGAAGCAUAGCAAUUCUAUAUAUAAUGGUUACUACAGUGUGUUCUAAAAGGUAUAGUUCAAUGGGAUUUGUAUUCUGUGUUUGUGUAUAUAACACAAGAUGGGAUAUUUUAGUUAGAAAAUAUGGAGAACCCAGUGCAAGCCUAUCUUGUGCCAUUUCACCUAGUAAAAGGAACUCUGAUUUUUAGAGUACUAAGUUAGCAAUCAUACUCUACAGUACUUUAACACUAAGGUCUUUGCUGGGAUGAUUGAGCCUGUUUUCCAGUGCAGUGAUUCUUGAGCAUUUUAUUAGACAUUAGCUUCUGGCUUGGAAGUGAAAGUAUAUUUCCUUCCAAAGGAAAAAAAAGUUUCUUUUUUUUCUCUGGUAUGUGUUCCUAGGAUAUCAAAAUUUCAUUACUUGAAUUUUGUCCACUCCAGAGGUCUCUUCUCUGUUGGAAUUUGCUCGAUUAAUUCCUGCAUAGCUUCAGAGCUUCAGUAUAGAAAACUAGAUCUUAAUGUCAUAUCUAUUGCAAGUUGUUUGAAUUAAGACAGAAUUGCCUAUAGUAGGAAAAGAGCAUUAUGUUUUCCCUUUCCCUUUUCUAAAAUACAAGAGCUUUCUUUUUUUUCUUCAGAAAAGUUCAUGAAGUCAUCCAUUCUUAAUGUUAUUUUAUUUCAGCUUCUAUUUUGUUUGAAAAAGUCUAAAUCAUACUUAACUGCAUAAGCCAACAACCCAAACCUGCUGUUGCAAUAGAAUAGGUGUAAGAGGUGGGAUUGAGAAAAAUGCUACCCAUAGUGCAGAUAAGCCUAAACCAGACCAAAUUUUACUCAGUUUCCUUAAUCUACUGUAUAGUUUUUUGGGAUUGGUUCAUUUUGCUGCUUUUGGGAUUUAUUGAUUUCUAUAUCUGCUCCAAUAUCCUGUACCUUUUCUCACUUAAAUUGGAGACGUUGUAUUGGAACUGUUCCCCCCCCCCCGUUAUUUUGCAUAUGGAGCAAAAACACACAUGUUUUCCUAUUAUUCCUUUCUGCUCUUCUAGCCAUUCUGAUUCAUUUUGGCCUCUUCAAUUUGAACAGUUCUUUUUCUUUUUUAAUUUGCUAUUAUCUGUCUUUUCUGUUUAGCAAAUUUUCCUUUUGACCAGUGUUCUUUGGCAGAUCACUACAAAAAAUGCCAAAAAUAGGGAUCUGGAUCCCGUAUAUAAUGAUUAAAUAGUGGGAAGAGUUGCCUUCAAGAAAUUCUUGAUGCAUUUUUGCAUCUUUUCUCAUUAAUAUUGUUAUUACAUAAAAAAUCUAAAAAGUAUACAUACAACCAUCAUUUUUUCUCAUAGCCCAGAUGCUUUAUUUGCUCAAACAGCUCUUCAUACUUCAACCUCUUAGAUAAAACAUUUCUCAGUCAUAUUACCAUAUUGAAGUCAAGUUAUGUUUUCACAGAAUUUUUAGAAGUAUUUAAUACCAGGCAGGGUAUAAAUCAACUGUUAUCUCAUUAAUAUUGUUAUUAAUUAUCCCAUUAUUGCAAUUUCUUAACAGUGUUAAUCACUUAAUGAUAUUAUAGCAUCUUAUAUAUUUUUGUCCAAGUCUUCAUGAUCAUGGAACUACUGUUUAUUGUUGUAUUGUCUAUUGUUCUCAUAUUCCUGCUUUAAAAGUAGAGAAAGAAAAAGAUUCUUCUUUACUGUAGCCAACCUAGUCCCCAAACAUAGGUAAAUAUGAAUCUUAAGAGCAUCUAAUUCACUAAUUAUAUUAAAAGCACAGCCAUAGCAAUGGUCAACAGUUCAUAAUAAAAUGCUAAAAGAACAGAAAUAUUACCCCAGCUUCACAAGCAAUAUAUGCUGGCACAACUAAUUAAGUGCCUUAACUGUGUGAUGGUGAUUCUAAUUCACAUCAGUGAUUGCCUGAAGAGAUCUGACAUGAUCUUCCAGACAGAUUAACCAAAAACAACUCAUGUUCUCUCAGGCUGUCUCGCUGUAUGACUUAUCAAAAAUAUAGGCAAGAUUACAUUGCAUUCUUUCUUUACUUACUAUUGAGAAAUGGGAACUAUCCUUAAUUUCUCUUACAUCCCUCCCACAAAAGUAUGUUUAAAUAUCUUUCGAUUCAUAUUCAGAGACAAAGAAGACUCUGAAGUCCAGGAAGGGCCUUGACGGCUCAGCAAACCAAUCUCUUUGUUUAUAUAUACCAGCUUACAACUUAGCUACCUUUUUACAUAUCUCUCUUGAAUGCAAAGAUAUGUUAAUCUGGAACUGGGGACAUCUUGUUCUUAUUUCAGUCUGGUUAACAAAUCGGGGUAUUCUGAAGUAAAAAAGCAAUAUUUUGAGAUAGUCUCAUAUAAAUACUGACUGAUUUAGAAAAGCCAUGUUUAAUCCACUGUUAUGAUUUUCAUGGGUUGGUCUUAGGUUCAAAGUUCAAACACUGAUAAUGACAGUUUUAUAAGGCAAGUACUCCUUGGCUUUUUAAUCAGAUAUUUAAAAUAUCUUUACUCAAACUCACUACAAGAUCUUUAGUAGUACAAAUAUUUCCUCUCCUUCAUACUUCUGUCUUGUUUUUGUUCUGCACUUCAUAACAGUAUAAAGGGAGGAGGAGGAUCUUAAUUAAAUUAGUAGCUGAUUAAACUCCAUUAAGCUGAGGUUGUGGGACAAGGUGAAAUAAGUUGUGAAUUUGCUUUCUGAAAUACUCUGACUCAUGGGAGAAUUGGUUAUGGACAACACAAUGUGAAAUACUAGGGAGCAAAACCAUUGGGCUUCUGAAAAAUUAAAUAUUAAUCAUUUUGAAGAGAAGAUGGACCACUAUAUUUUAAUUACCAUUAAAGUAACUGUAAUUGGUAACUUUCCAAAACAACAAAAAGAGUAAUACUCUUGAGUAUUAUGCUUCAUUUUCCCAAGUGUAAGAUACUGAGUUUAGAAAACCCAGUGCUUCAGUAAUGCAAGUGCUAAAUUGAAGGAAAACGUGGAGAUGUACAAGUAAGAUGUACAUGUAAGAAAUUCAUAGCUAACAAGUGCAUGCUAAAGUACACUUUAGAUCUAAUACAAUGUGAGAAUGCCCAUUGUGGGCUGCAUGUAUUCAAUUCAAAGCAAAAUUUAAAAAUAGAUCAUACAGAAGUGCUCUAAAAUGAAAGCUGAAAUCAUUUUCUAUCUAGUACAGUGCCCGCUGUCUUUACAGAAGUAAAUGCAAUUGAACUAACCUAUUUCAUGUAAUGCUAGCUUUUACACUUUUUUCUUUAGUGCCACUUCUCCACUUAAAUCUGAAGUUUGAAGAACUAUUCCUUUGACUUCUUUGGUGCAUCAUUAUAAUUCUAAAAGUAGUUUCAUAAACAAAGGGGAGAUAUUGUAUUUUGAAAUGCUUAACCACUGAGAAGUGAUUUCAUAUUUUUGAAGCCUGCUGAUGAUGCGGUGUGUAGUAUAAAAAGCUACUGCUGUGUCCACAUGUUCAGUUAUUAGGGAUCUGAUAGAAAUUUUUAUGAAACCAGCAUAUAUCAAGCCUAAUUAUUGCAGCUUGUUCUCAAUUUUACAUAAUUGCUGCUAGGAGCCUCAAAUCUUUUAAUUAUCUUCUAAUAAAUAUAUACAUAAGCA